UGGGGACGUUUAUAAGGAAGCCGGCGAAUGACUACGUCAACAUUGUGGUGUGCGGCAUCACUCAAGAUUGAUUAGACGGACAAAGAGCGAUCAAGUUUGCUCUCAAAAAAUUUUCAAAUCCCGUAUUCUUUCUCUUCUACAGCUGAGUGUGUGACAUAAUACAAAAUGGUUCUGAACGCACCGAAAGUGAAGUUCUACAACGGUAACGAAGUACCUGUUUUCGGGUUAGGUACAUGGAAGUCUAAGCCAGGAGAAGUCACUCAAGCAGUGAAAGAUGCUAUCGAUAUCGGCUACAGACAUAUUGAUUGCGCUCAUGUUUACGGUAAUGAGAAGGAAGUCGGUGAAGCGAUCCAAGUAAAAAUCGCGGAAAGUGUUAUAAAGAGAGAAGAUCUGUUCAUAACCAGCAAGCUGUGGAAUACUUUCCACAGACCCGAUCUGGUAGAACCGGCUAUUAAACAAACAUUGACGAACCUGAAACUGGAUUAUCUAGAUCUCUACUUGAUUCAUUGGCCGGUCGGUUACAAGGAAGGCGAGGUCCUUUUUCCUACAAAUUCUGAUGGUACUCCAAUCUUGAGUGACGUAGACUACGUCGAUACUUGGAAAGCUAUGGAAGGUGUGAUGUCUAAAGGUCUGACCAAAAAUAUCGGAGUCAGCAAUUUUAAUUCUGAGCAAAUUACCAGACUACUUCAGAAUGCAACAAUUAAACCUGUAACAAAUCAGGUCGAGUGCCAUCCGUACUUAACGCAAAAAAAACUAUCGGACUUUUGCAAGAAAAAGGGCAUUCUUAUUACAGCAUAUAGUCCACUCGGAUCGCCAGACAGGCCGUGGGCCAAGCCAGAUGAUCCAAAGCUACUAGAAGAUAAGAAAUUAAGUGAACUCGGGAAGAAAUAUAACAAGACUCCCGCGCAAAUACUCAUACGUUAUCAGUUGGAUCGCGGCCACAUAGUAAUUCCCAAGUCUGUUACUAAAUCGAGAAUCGUUCAAAACAGUGAAGUAUUUGACUUUAAACUUUCUCCUGAAGAUAUUGAAUAUAUCGAUACCUUUGAUUGCGAUGGAAGAAUUUGUCCAUUAAUUGGUGCAACCGCCAGUCCCUAUUACCCAUUCAACAUUCCGUUCUAAACAAUUAAAUGAAAGAGUAGAGAUAAUAUAAAAGUAGAGAUAAUAUUUCAUAUCUGAUAUAAUAUAUAUAUAUAUAUAAUGCUGUGUAUGUGUGUUACUUUUAAUAAGUUUUUCGGUAUAAAACAAUAUUAGAUGUAUGCAAAAAUUUAUAUAUUUUUCCCAUUGCUUUAGAAAAUUACGUAAAACUAAAAAUAUAUCCCUACCUUCUUGCAGUUUAGAAGUUAUCAUCGUAAAGUUGUUUAAACGUGUUUCAAGUUAUUAGGAUACUCACUUAGCGAACAAA